CGCUAAAAUUAUGACAGUGAAAGAAAGGCAAAAGCUUCUUGUCCUACUUGCUAGUUACUGCUGCCUACGGGCAAGGUAGAUUAGGUUAUCUGAAUCACCUCGGAAUUGGGAAAUUUUUUUUUUGGAAGAAGAAGCACAAGCACCUUUCCUUCUCCUUCUCAGUUUUAUGAUUCAUUCUGUUAAUUGAAGUGGCUAACAAUUCAUGUACCCAACAACAAAUAUGAUUCAAGGCCAGGAUGAAAUGCAGAAUUAUCAUCACCAUCAGAAUCCCAGAGCAACAGCUGGAGCAGACCCUUGUCUCGUCUUGACAGCUGAUCCCAAGCCCCGCCUCCGUUGGACGGCUGACCUUCACGACCGAUUUGUUGACGCCGUUACUCAGCUUGGUGGUCCCACUAAGGCUACACCGAAGGCCAUCAUGCGGACUAUGAAUGUCAAGGGACUGACCCUCUUCCAUUUGAAGAGCCAUCUUCAGAAGUAUAGACUGGGUAAGCAGGGGAAGGACAUGGUUGAUGUACCGAAAGAUGCUUCUUACCUUUUAGAAAGCCCUACAAGAAAUUCCUCUCCAAGUUUGCCGGCUUCUGAUAUGCAUGAGGGAUAUGAAGUCAAGGAAGCUUUAAGAGCACAAAUGGAAGUGCAAAGUAAAUUACAUCUGCAAGUUGAGGCUGAGAAGCACUUGCAAAUUCGCCAAGAUGCAGAACGGAGAUAUUUAUCCAUGCUUGAGAAAGCUUGUAAAAUGCUUGCUGAUCAAUUCAUUGGGGGUGCAGCGAUAGACUCCGAUAAAAAAAAAUGUCCAGGAUUAGGAAGUAAAAUUCCAAGAAGUUCCAAUCUUGAUCCAUUUGGCUUUUAUUCAUCACAAACUGCUGAUUUAGCCAAUAUGCAUGGGCCAGAAGAAAUUGCACCCAGUCUUCUUCCCCAGAGGGCUGAUUGUUCCACUGAAAGCUGUUUAACAUCGCAUGAGAGUUCUGGAGGAUUGACGCAUGAAGGAUCCACAGUUGGAACAAAGAAAAAGAUGAUGAGCUUGGACUCAACAACGGCAUCUUUGGUUUGGGGUGAAGUGAAAAUGGGAACUCAUGAGAUUAAUUUGACCCAAGUGAAUUCCCAUGGAAUCACUGGGUGUGGCAUUUAGAGAGCUAAAAGUAGUGAUUUGAUAGUUAUGUUGUGAUAUGACCGGAAUAAGAUUCUUCCUUUCACUCCAAUGCCAUUAUGGAAUAUCAAGUAUAAAAUUGCUAGGCAUAGUCAUUAAAGUGGACACUUAGCUCAAGUGCAAAAAAAAAAAAUUCUAAAUUGUUAGUGCUGUCAAUAUGAAGACUAUUUGCCUCAGCUUAGACCAACCAUCCCCUUUGUUUCAAUGAUCUGUUCUGUUGUUACUGUUACUACUUAAAAGGCCGUCACUUUAAUUUAAUGCAUUUAAUGAACGCAUAAAUUGAUGCGUGCUUUAUA